AUGUCUGCAAACCACAAAAUCCAUUAUCACGAAAAAGAUGGUGAUAUUUUUCUUAAGGCCGAAAAUACAAUAUUUCUAAUUCAUAAAACAUUUCUUUCAUUAUCUUCAGAAUUCUUUAAAGAUUUAUUUAAACUCGCAAAACCUUCUUCUAAUGAAAAUGUAAACAUUAUUGACGGGACUACAAUCGAGAUGAAUGGUGAAACUUCUGAAUCAAUCGAAAGAAUGUUAUCAUUCAUUUAUCCGAAUACUUUUGUUGAAAUAACUUGGGAUAAUGUUGAAGAUUUGUUACGAAUUUCGAACAAAUUCAUUAUCAGUAAACUUACAAAAAGUUGUUCCGUAUUUCUCUUACACCAUUUUCAGGAAAAUUUUCUAUUGUCAUUUACUUUGGCUGAUAAAUACUCGUUUCCUAAAGUAUUCAAAGAAUCUUCUAAACUUUUAUUAGAUGAUUUUCAAAAAUAUCGUUCAGAUCCCACCUAUGAUGAAUUAUCUCAAAGAGCUAAACUUAAACUAACGGAUGCUUGGUAUCAUUAUACAAACUCUUUACAUAUAUACUUUGGAAAGAACAGUAAAAGUUCGGCAAGAAUAUCAGAUAAAGUAAUCACAUUUAGUGAAUUUUUACUUUCUGAAUCUCUCAAUUUUUUUUUGAAACCCUCAAAGUUCUCGAAAUUUUAUAGAGAUUGGAAACUUAAAUUACCUACCUACCGGAAUUCGAUAACAAUCGAAGAAUUAUUUAAAAAUUACGAAACAUUGGAAUUUCAAUCAAUUCAAUUAAACGAAGCUAACAAAAGUAAUAAAACUCAAUACAUUUUCAUUGAAUUGGAAAAUUAA